AGAUUGCACUGAAACAGUUAAAAUGUCCAAAAUUAGACCUUUACCGCCGGUUCUCCAAAAAAUAGCCAUCGGAGAACUAAAUGAAGAUCCCUCACGUAUUGAUGCCGAUAUAGAAACUCUCAGAACAUGGAUACAACAACAACCCCAUCUGAGAGCCCGCACAGAUGAUCAAUUUCUAGUGGCAUUUUUGCGCGGCUGUAAGUAUAGUUUGGAAAAGGCUAAAUCGAAAAUAGAUAAAUUCUAUACAUUGCGCUCCAAAUACCCCGAGUUAUUUACCCUAAAAGGUAUGGAUGAUGAGAAAAUAAAGGAGUACCUAAAACUGGGAGUGGCAGUAGCAUUACCCACACCCCUUAAUGAAACUGGUCCACGUUUAAUGUUGAUGCGCAGUGGCAGCUAUAAUCCCAGUGAAUAUGAUUUUGUUGAAAUUAUGCGUGUAUAUCAGGCUGCCUGUGAAAUUUCACUAAUGGAAGAUGACAAUCUUAUUGUGAGUGGUUACACGCAUAUAAUGGAUUUGACCGAUUGGUCUAAAGAGCAUUUUUUUCAAAUGAACUUCAAUGUAAUGAAAAAGUUGACAGUGUUCUCGGAAGAAGCGGUACCUAUAAGGCCCAAAGGUUUUAUAGCUAUUAAUUCUCCUUCCAUAUUUGAGGGUUUCUAUAAUCUAGUCAAGCCCAUGAUGUCGGAGAAACAAGUUAAACGUAGUGUUAUCUAUGGCACAAAUUAUGAGAAAAUGUUUGAAACAAUACCUUUAAAAUAUUUACCCAAGGAAUAUGGUGGUGAAAAUGGUUCAAUACCCGAAUUAAUUGCUGAUUUCGAAAGGAAAUUUAUGGAAUAUAGAGACUACUUUAGAGAAAGCGAAACUAAAUAUGGCUCUGAUGAAUCUUUGAGACCGGGUAAGCCAAUUGAUUUUGAAAAUCUAUUUGGCAUGGAGGGUUCGUUUAGGAAAUUGAAUGUGGAUUAAGUGUUUAUAUUUAAUUUAUAAAAUUAAACCUAGGUUUGUAAAUACACAUUUUGAAAUAGUAUAAUAAUGUAAAGGAUAAGAAAU